AUGGCAAGUCUAUUUCGUAACUCACGAUCUAUUCUUACACGAUUUUCGUGCAUUCGUCGUACUCCAACAAUAUCUGGUGCUUCGACAAAUCCUUCGCAACUCUCUCGUUCGGGUAAUGUAGCUGAGUUGGCAGCACGGCAACGAUUAGUUCCAGCUGAUGCAAUUAGACCAAGGCCAGCGGGUGCAUCACCUUUCAUCCCAUUGGUCGGUACGGCAUUAAACUCAUGGGGCAAAAUGGGAUUUGGACUUUUUCUUGGUAUUAGUGUUUAUUUUGUUUAUAUAAAUUAUAUAACAAAUCCAGAAUUUUAUAAAAGUUUGAAAAUAAGUCGAGAAGCAACCAAAAGAAGUGCUGAUGAAAAAUUGGCCCAUCGAGAAGGAACACAUGCACAACACUGA